AUCUCUUGCCUUGUUGUUCUAAAUCAGUAAGAACAAUGCAGUACAAAACCUUUCUUCUACUUUUAAUUUUGGUCACUCAUACUUAUUGUGCUGAAAAUCCAAUUGUUGAAUUACCGACUGGAAAAAUACAAGGUCGCCUAAUAACCACUUUUGCAAAUAAAACCUACUAUACUUUCCGGAAAAUACCAUAUGCAACUUCGCCAGUAGGAUCCCUUCGAUUUAAGGCACCACAACCUGCUCAAAAAUGGGAUGGUAUUCUUAAUACUACAUCUAUAGACGUCAGCUGCUACCAGCUUCAAAUCAAUCAACCUUCUGAUUCAGAAGACUAUUUGUUUCUUAAUGUUCAUACACCAGAGCUUCCUGAAAAUGAUCCGAAAGUUUCUUUUCCUGUUAUGCUUUACAUAAACGGUGGUGGAUUUAUGCAAGGAUCUAGUAUAUUUGCACCACCAGAUCUGUUCGUAAAUCAUGAUGUCAUUCUAGUUACUAUUAACUACCGUUUAGGAGCUUUUGGAUUUCUUUCAACAGAGGAUGAAGUAAUUCCUGGAAAUAAUGGCCUGAAGGAUCAGCGUCUUGCAAUACAGUGGACUCAUGAAAAUAUUCACUUAUUUGGUGGAAAUCCAGAAAAAAUAACAAUUUUUGGACAAAGUGCAGGCUCAGGUUCAGUUGCCUAUCAACUACUUAAUCAAGAAUCAUCGGGACUUUUCGCAGGAGCGAUUUUAGAAAGUGGUACCUUCUUGUCUCCUUGGGCUUUACAGAGAAAUGCUAGACAAAUAGCCUUCCGCACAGCUGCAUUAUUGAAUUCAUCCUUUUCAGCUAGUAAUGAUUCCACGGCGUUGCUUGACUAUCUACAAGGUGUUAAAGCUGAGGACUUGGAUGCAGCAGCCGAACAAUACGUACUAAAAGUAAGCACCCUGUGGGAAUAUGACAAUCCGCAAGGCUACUUUUAUGUGCCUGUAUUAGAAGUAAAAAACCCUGAUGCUUUCAUUACUAGAAAAAUGUAUGGACUUUUAAAAGCCGGAAACAUAAUAAAAGUACCAAUUAUAAUAGGUUUUAAUUCUGAGGAAAGUAUAGCCUUUCACCAAGAUCCCAGUGUUUAUCAGUCAGUCUUGGAGGCAUGGGAUGCAAACUUAGAUUUGAUAGUUCCAAUCGACAUGCGAAUUACUGAUCCCGAAAAACAAUCAGAGAUGGCACGUUCAGUUCGAGACAUUUAUACAGAGGGUGAACCUUUUGGAAAUCGUCUCGGGGACGCUAUUAGAUAUGCUAGCGAUAACGGUUUCACCAGAUCUAUAAUUAAACAUGCCGAAUUAUAUUCUGCUUUUGCCGAAACCUACUUCUACCAGUUCUCGUAUGAUGGAAAAACAGGUGGUAUUUCUGUACAUUACGAUGGUGCUGAAAGUGUUGGUCACAGUGAAGAAGUUUUGUACCUAUUAUGCAGUGGAGAGGGUUGCAACUACAGUAAAGUCUCAGAAAAUGAUAGUAUUACAUCAGAACGACUGAUUAAACUCUGGACCGAUUUUGCUAAAUUCCAAAAUCCUACACCAGAAGAGUCAGAACUGCUACAAAAUAUCACUUGGCCUCCACUUUCGGUGGUUGGUGGAGAUUUUCUGUAUCUUGAUAUCAACGAAAAUUUGGAAAUCAAAAAUCACCCAAAAUCCGCAACUUUUGGUAAAUGGAAUGAACUUUAUGAUGCUUUGGGUUACAGCGAUUUUGAUACUUACUAAUUUGAACAAUCCAUGGAUUCGCCCAUUCAUGUUAUAAAUUUAUGUAUCUCCAGAGGCUUUUCAAUAAAUAUUAUCAAACAUAACAAAAUGAAACUAA